CCUGCAGUUGCCAUGACAGCAGCGGGGCGCGCCGCGGGGCGGAGGGAAGAUGGCGGUGACGGGCUGGCUGGAGAGUCUGCGGGCGGCCGAGAAGACGGCGCUGCUGCAGGACGGGAAAAGGAUGGUGCACUAUUUAUUCCCAGAUGGGAAAGAAAUGGCUGAAGAAUAUGACGAGAAGACAAAUGAACUACUUGUGAGAAAGUGGCGUAUGAAAACUUCCCUUGGAGCCUUGGGCCAGUGGCAGCUUGAAGUAGGAGAGCCAGCACCCUCGGGAGCAGGGAGUCUGGGGCCUGAGCUCAUCAAAGAAAGCAAUGCCAGUCCUAUCUUCAUCCGCAAGGACACCAAAACAAGUUUCCAGUGGCGGAUUCGAAACCUACCCUACCCAAAGGAUGUCUAUGGGGUCUCCGUGGCCCAGAAGGAGCGCUGCAUCAUUGUCAGAACAACCAACAAGAAGUACUACAAGAAGUUCUCCAUUCCUGACCUCGACAGAUACCAGCUACCUCUGGAUGAUUCUGCACUGAGCUUUGCUCAUGCCAACUGCACCCUGAUAAUCUCUUAUAAGAAACCAAAGGAGGUCAUGGUGGCUGAGUCAGAGCUACAAAAGGAGCUAAAGAAGGUAAAGAUGGCCCAUGGCGCUGAUGGGGACUGUAAGACCCAGUAGCUGGCCCCAAGCCUUGUACCUCUGGUGCAGAGAAUGCUGUGAGACUUCCAGGCUUGGGACUUUCUGGGACGGUGCUUCCUGUGCCCUUCUGAGAGUUACAGAGUCCACACCGGCCUUGGGGCAGUGCUAGCCCGCCUGUUGUCUUCUUUCCUGAGUAAACUCAUCAGAGCUGCUUGCA